AUGGUCAAAUACUCUUAUACCCACCUUGACGAGUUCUUCGUACUCUCACAAUGGGAAGAAGAUGUCAAAGGGCCAUUUGGUCUAUCACCCCCUCCGGGGGAUUGGGAGUCUUUCAAAGCUAAGAUCAAGACUCUCAAUGAUGCUUGUCCUCCUGGAGAAAGGGUGAAAGUGAUAUAUGCAGCUCGUCAUGGACAAGCCGAACAUAACGUGAUAGCAGACAAGUACGGCGAAGUUGGUCAAAUGCAACAUCCAAUCUUAGAUCCCGAUCUGACCUCUCUCGGACGUUCACAAGCCUACCAAACUCGCCUGGCGCUCCAACGGGAAGUAGGAAGAGGGAUGCCUUUACCUGAGAAAUGGUUUGUCAGUCCUCUGAAACGAGCCGGAGAAACAUGCGGGAUAGAAUGGGGUUGGUUGUUCCACGAUGAGUAUGACAGUGAUGGACUGAAAGCUUGGAAAGGUGGGAAAGGUCAUGGAGUGAAUGCGACCGUGAUUGAGAACAUACGAGAACAUCUUCACGUCCAUCAAUGCGAUGCCCGAUGUCCCAUCGCUAACCUCAAAGCGCAAUUCACCUCGUUCACCUACCCAGAAGGUAUGAGCGAUGAAGAUGAGGUGUGGAAACCUAUCGAAGUGAGAGGUAGGGAGACGGAAGAUGAAUUGGUAGCUAGACGAGGUGAAGGGAUAAGGGAGGUAUUGGAGAGGAGUCAGAAUAAUACAUAUAUCAGCAUCACAUCCCAUUCAGGCGCUUUGAGAGGUAUCUACAAAUCGUUGAAUGUAGUUCCCAGGAAGAUCAUAGUAGGUGAGAUGAACGUAUUGGUGAUUAGGGUAAAGGAGGUGCCAGAGUGA